AUGGAGGCGCUGCUGGCGGCACUCCAAGCAGGCGGUGGAGGCGCGGCGGCUGCCAUCGCGGCGGCCGUCGUCGUGCUGGCCGCGCUCUACUUCGCCCGGAUGGUGUCCAAGGAACGCGCCAACACGCCCCCAGUCGUUCCUGGUUUACCGCUUAUUGGAAAUCUGCUUCAGCUGGACGAAAAGAUGCCCCAUAAGACCUUUGCAAAAUGGUCUGAAAUUUAUGGGCCAAUAUACACUAUAAGGACUGGGGCUUCUUCUGUAGUUGUGCUCAACUCAACAGAAGUAGCCAAGGAGGCAAUGGUUGCAAAGUUCACAUCCAUAUCUACACGAAAGCUAGCUAAAGCAUUUUCAGUGCUAAGUCGUGACAAAACAAUGAUUGCUACAAGUGACUAUGGUGAGUUCCACACAAAGGCGAAGCGUUUUAUUAGGGAGGGCUUGUUGGGUUCUUCUGCUCAGAGACGAUUUCGGGACACAAGACAGAAGAUGAUGGAUAAUAUGUUGAACACUUUUCAUUCACUGGUGAUCGGCAACCCACAUGCUCCUCAGAACUUUAGAGAAGUUUUCAGGGACGAGAUAUUCCGCGUAACUUUGAUCGAGAGUUUAGGUGAGGAUGUGAGUUCAGUUUAUGUAAAGGAGUUUGGGCGGGAGAUAUCGAAGGAAGAAAUGCAUCGGACCAUGGUGGUUGACAUGAUGACGUGUGUGAUUGUGGCCGAUUGGAGGGAUUACUUCCCAUACCUCGGCUGGCUUCCAAACAAGAGCUUUGAUACAAGACUUGUUACCGCGGAGUCUAGGCGAACUGCGGUGAUGCGAGCCUUGAUCGAUCAACGGAGAGAACGGAUCGCGUGCGGCGAGUCAGGGGUAUCCUAUUCCUACCUGGACUUCUUGCUGGCAGAGGGCACACUGACAGACGAAGUGUUGACGAUGCUGGUGUGGGAGUCCAUCUUAGAGGGUACAGAUACUACUUCGGUGACGACUGAGUGGGCUAUGUACGAGCUUGCCAAAAACCCCAAGAAACAGGACCGUCUCUACCAGGAGAUCCAGGAGGUGUGCGGAGAGGACACGGUGGUCACCGAGGAUCAUCUUCCUCGCCUACCGUACCUGAACGCCGUGUUCCAUGAGACGCUGCGCCUCCAUCCUCCCAUCUCGGUUCUACCUCGAAGAUUCGUCCAUCAGACCACCACACUGGGGGGCUACAAGAUCCCAGCCGGAACAGAGGUGACCAUCAACGUGUACGGCUGCAACAUGAACAAGGAGGAGUGGGAGGAGCCCGAGGAGUGGAGGCCGGAGAGGUUCCUCGACGGCAGGUUCGACUCUGCAGACAUGUUCAAGACCCUGUCGUUCGGCGCCGGGAAGAGGGUCUGCGCCGGGAGAGUGCAGGCUAUUAACAUCUCCUGCGCCGCCAUCGCGAGGCUUGUGCAGGAGUUCGCCUGGAGGCUCAAGAAGGGCGACAAGGACGAGGAGAACGCUGUGCAGUUCGUGGGCCACAAGCUCCACCCCCUCUACGUCUAUCUCUCGCCGAGGGGAGGGACAUAAAUGGCAAGAAACUCUUCACAGCUUGGCCAAACAAAUAGUGUAGUAAGCUCCACCCCCUCUCGCCGAGGGGAGGGAGAUAAAUGUGUGCAUUACCUGAACAAUUUGUUCCGCAUCCUUCUAUGUAUCCAUGUCUGUUUCUUACUGAAUUAUGUAUCUCCUCUACCGAUUCCUGGAUUAUU